GAAGCGGGGCCGGACGUGGGCAGCGAGGGUGGCCCGGAGCCUGGUUUCCUUCGGGUGCGCGUGUUUCGGGAAUGCAGCCAGCAGGCGGGUCUCUCCCACAGCGGGUCUAUCGUUUGUGAGCCUGGUUUUCAUCCAGCAGUGGCAGACGCCAGGGCAACGGUCGUCCGUUUAGCUCUUGGAGAACAGGCUGGGAGCUGGCGGGAGCUCCAUAGACAGACAAGACAUGUUUUAGUCAAAGUGCUUCCUCAGAGGACGUCCUCACCUCAAGGGGUCUCCCUGCGGGCUGUACUCAAACCUGUGGUGAGGAGACACUGCACAGUCGGAGGAAAUCUGGUGAUCCUUAGUGUUUCUGUUAUUUUGAAUUUCAAGCAACUUGGUUGAAGUCCCUGCUCUGGCCUCUGAGCUAAACUCCCCAAUUUCCCCAGACUCGAGGUGGACGUGGUGGGGGGGUCAGGCGUGUGGGUCUGUGUGUGUGGGGUCAGGUGGUAUGGGUCUGAGGUCAGGUGUGUGGGUCUGUGUGGGGUCAGGCAUGCAGGUCUGUUUGUGGGGGUCAGAUGUGUGGGUCUGUUGGGGGGUCAGGUGUCUUGGUCCAUUUUUGGGGGGUCAGGUGUCUGGGUUUGUGUGAGCUUGCGGCCCCCACGGGCCCCAUGGCCUGGGGGCUUGGCCUGGGCUCCAGUGAGUAACCGAGCCUCGCUGAGCACCUGCUGCUUGGGUCUAGGGGCCCUGCCUCCUGGUCCCUGGACCGCAGGUGAGGAGCCGUCCCCCCAGUCCCCGUGCUGGGCAGGGCAGGGCCGCGGUGUCCGCCUUGUGCGGUGGGGCAGGUGUCGGGAUCUGAGGGGCCUCCGAGUGGGGAGCCCCUUCGCCCUCACGGGGCCAGAGGAGCCAGCCUUGGCCAACAUCUAGAGGGUCAAGGGGCCUUGGAUGUGCCUCCUCAGACAAGCACAGCCCCCGCUCGCCCUGGGUGUUAUCGGCCGGGUCGGGCCGGCGUCCUCUGAUUGGCACGGCUGUGCUGACCUCAAGGCACCAGCUGAAGCACAGAGGUGGCCCAGCCUUGCCCCGCAGCCAGGUGGGGCGGCCGGGCUGGCCUGUGUGUGAGUCCGCGGGCAGGGUGAGGAGGCGCCGGCCGCUGCUGGGUCACCCCGUGGUUGCAGGGUGAACUGAAAGUGAAAAGCCAGCUGGCCCCGGGCAGGCAGUUGGGAGCAAAGUCCAGCAGGAGGAGGCAGACAGAGCGCGGGCACAGCGGGCCCUCGGCCAUGGGGGACGGUGCGGCCGCCCGGAUCUCUGUGGCGGAGAUGAAGAGCUACUACCUCUUCUGCGAGUGGUGCUCCUGGCUGCUCUCCGUGGCCGAGGAUGAGAUCAUGCACCACGACAUCAGCCCGCUCUGUGCCGCCGACAUCCGGGACCAGCUGCAGAAGCGCUUCGCUUACCUGUCAGGCGGGCGGGGCCAGGACGGCAGCCCGGUCAUUACCUUUCCCGACUACCCGGCCUUCGGAGACGUCCCAGACCAGGACUUCCAGAAUGUCAUGACCUACCUCACCAGCAUCCCCAGCCUGCAGGACGCUGGCAUCGGGUUCAUCCUGGUCAUAGACCGCAGGCAGGACAGAUGGACCUCGGUCAAGGCGUCCAUCCUGAGAAUAGCGGCAUCCUUCCCUGCAAACCUGCAGCUUGUCCUCGUCCUGCGGCCAACCGGGUUCUUCCAGAGGACACUCUCCGACCUCGCCUUCAGGUUCAACAGAGAUGACUUUAAGAUGAAGGUGCCGGUCAUAAUGCUGAGCUCAGUCCCAGAACUACACGGCUACAUCGACAAGUCCCAGCUGACGGAGGACCUGGGCGGGACGCUGGCCUACUGCCACUCCAGGUGGCUCCGCCACCGCACAGCCAUCGAGAGCUUCGCCCUUCUGGUCAAACAAACGGCGCAGAUGCUGCAGACCUUUGGGACCGAGCUGGCCGAGACGGAGCUGCCCAAUGACGUGCAGUCCACGAGCUCCGUGCUCCUCACCCACACGGAGAAGAAGGACAGAGCCAAGGAGGAUAUGAGGCUGGCGCUUGUCGAGGGGCGGCGCGUCCUGGAGGGCAUCCGCGAGCCACUGGCCCGGAGCCCGGAUCAGAGCCCCAACCAGGACCAGCUGGACAGUCAGAGCACUGUGCACAGGCUCCUGGCCCAGCUGAACGAGACCGAGGCCGCCUUUGACGAGUUUUGGGCAAAACAUCAGCAAAAACUGGAGCAGUGCCUGCAGCUCCGGCAUUUCGAGCAGGACUUCCGGGAGGUCAAAUCGGCCCUGGACGUGCUGGCCCAGAAGGUCACGACCUUCACCGACGUGGGCAACAGCCUGGCACACGUGCAGCACCUCCUGAAGGACCUGGCUGGCUUCGAGGAGAAGUCCAGUGCCUCCGUGCAGCGGGCCCGCACGCUGUCCCAGGAGGGUGAGCGGCUCAUCGAGCACAAGCACUAUGCCGUGGACUCCAUCCGCCCCAAGUGUCACGAGCUCCGCCACCUGUGCGACCAGUUUGCGGCCGACGUGGAGCGGAGGAGGGGGCUGCUGGGCAAGUCGCUGGAGCUGCACGGCCUCCUGGAGGCGUCCAUGAAGUGGUGUGACGAGGGCAUCUACCUGCUGGCAUCGCAGCCUGUGGACAAGUGCCAGUCCCAGGAUGGCGCGGAGGCCGCCCUCCAGGAGCUCGAGAGGUUUCUGGAGACGGGGGCACAAAAUAAAAUCCAGGAGCUCAGCAAGAUCUUCCAGGACUACGAGCCCAUCCUCACCAAAGACCUGCUGGAGCAUGUGCAGAGGGUCUUCCAGAAGCAGGAGAGCGUGGAGGAGAUGUUCCACCGCAGGCAGGCCAGCCUCAAGAAGCUGGCGGCCAAGCAGACGCGGCCCGUGCAGCCCGUGGCCCCGCGGCCAGAAGCACUCACCAAGUCUCCCUGCCCCUCCCCAGGCAUCCGGAGGGGUUCUGAGAACCACAGUUCCGAGGGCAGUGCACUCCGGAGGGGGCCCUACAGGAGGGCCAAGAGUGAGGUGAGCGAGGGCCGGCAGGGCCGUGGCGGCUCCACGGGGGACGAAGAGAGCCUGGCCGUCCUGCGGAGGCACGUGAUGAAGGAGCUUCUGGACACAGAGCGGGUCUACGUGGAGGAGCUGCUGUGCGUCCUGGAGGGCUACGCCUCGGAGAUGGACAACCCAUUAAUGACUCAUCUCAUCUCCACUGGCCUUCAGAACAAGAAGGACAUCCUGUUUGGAAACAUGGAAGAAAUUUACCACUUUCAUAACAGGAUAUUCCUGAGGGAGCUGGAGAACUACACGGACUGCCCGGAGCUGGUUGGCAGGUGCUUUCUGGAGCGGAUGGAGGAGUUCCAGAUCUACGAGAAGUACUGUCAGAACAAGCCGCGCUCCGAGAGCCUGUGGAGACAGUGCUCCGACUGCCCCUUCUUCCAGGAGUGCCAGAAGAAGCUGGACCACAAGCUGAGCCUGGACUCCUAUCUGCUGAAGCCAGUCCAGAGGAUCACCAAGUACCAGCUACUGCUCAAGGAGAUGCUUAAAUACAGCAAGACCUGCGAGGGGGCCGAGGACCUGCAGGAGGCCCUGAGCUCCAUCCUGGGCAUCCUCAAGGCAGUGAACGACUCCAUGCACCUGAUCGCCAUCACCGGCUACGAGGGGAACCUGAGCGACCUGGGGAGGCUGCUCAUGCAGGGCUCCUUCAGCGUGUGGACCGACCACAAGAGGGGCCACGCCAAGGUGAAGGACCUGGCCCGCUUCAAGCCCAUGCAGCGCCACCUGUUCCUGCACGAGAAGGCCGUGCUCUUCUGUAAGCGGCGGGAGGAGAACGGCGAAGGCUAUGAGAAGGCGCCCUCCUACAGCUACAAGCAGUCCCUGAACAUGACAGCCGUUGGCAUUACCGAGAAUGUGAAAGGAGACGCCAAGAAGUUCGAGAUCUGGUACAACGCGCGGGAGGAGGUGUACAUCAUCCAGGCACCCACUCCUGAAAUCAAGGCCGCCUGGGUGAGCGAGAUCCGGAAGGUGCUGACCAGCCAGCUGCAGGCGUGCAGAGAGGCCAGCCAGCACCGCGCCCUCGAGCAGUCCCAGAGCCUGCCCCUGCCCACACCAGCUGGCACCAGUCCUUCGAAAGCGAGCACAAGAAACAUCAAAAAGUUAGAAGAAAGAAAAAUGGACCCGCUGAGCCUGGAGGGAUAUGGGGGGCCGACACCACCGCAGAGGGCUCCCGAGAAGGGCAAAGAUGACGCGGUCACUAGCUCUACCUCAGAAAGCUCUGCCCUUUCUAAAAAGCGCUUCACCCUGCAGAGCUUUGCUGCCCUCAAAGCCCAGAAAGCUUCUCCCACCAGUCCUGACAAAAAAGCUAAGCGACACCAAGUAAAGAGCGACCCCACGCCUUUUGGGUUACGAGGCUGGAGCAAAACAUCCCACCCAUCAGAGACGCCUGAGGACAACGAUGGCUGGUCCAGCACUGAGGAGCCCGUCAACUCCUCGGAUGCAGAGGAGGAGGGCAGAGUGGGCCCCGGGAAGCUGGUCCCUGGGAGGUACACCAUCACCAGGCUGGACGAGAAGGGGGUCUCCGACGCGCUCGCCCUGAGAAGCGGGGACGAGGUGGAGCUCGUGCAGGAGGGAGACGAGGGCCUCUGGUGCGUGCGGAACCUGAGCUCCGGCGCCGAGGGCUGGGUGCCCGCCCGCAGCCUGUCUGUGCUCCUCUGCCAGGGUGGCCCCGUGGGGUGCCUGAGCAGCCCAGAGUCCAGUGCGGGGUCCGCGGUGCUGAGCCCCUCGUCCAGCUGCAGUGAGAGCUGCACGGCCGCCCUUGCCGACCUGCAGGGGUAGCGCCACGGCCACCCUGCCCGCAGCGCCAGGAGCUGGCCUCUGCUGGGGCCACCUGCCCACAGAGCUGCGCCCGGAACCCAGCGCCGCCACGGCCCCCGAGGACGGGACGCCUUCCCGGGCGCAGAGCAGAGUGCAGCACCGGAUCCCCUAGGAAGGGGCGGACCGACGGAGCUGACGGACAGACCUCCAGGGGAAGGGCCCCAGCCGCUGCCUCGGUUUCCACGUCUCUGCCUCUGACGGCAAGAGCAUGCAUCCUGUGGAGCUGCGUCCCGAGGAGCGCCCGAGGCCCCGGCCGAAGGCUGGAGAUGGGGGUGGGGAUAGUUGGUCUUUUACACAUUUUUUUUAAGCAGGGAUUAAUCCUACGGCCAUUUUUUUGUGGUACUUUGGCCUCUGAUCUUUACCAGGAAUCACUGUGUUUACAUGAAAUGACAAUUUGAUACUGUAUUUGAUAUAAAACUAUUUUUUGCUACCGGGGUUUACAUGGCACUGGGUGACUUGGGGGGCACGCUCUCGGGGAACUUGUCAGCACUCUCUGAGGCCACCUGGUCCCAGGUGCAGGGCAGGGGGUCCCCCGGGAGAGUCAGGCAGAGUUGCUACAGACCGGCGGUGCAAAACCAAGGAAAUUCCUUCAUCUGUGUAGGUUAAUUUUCAAAAGAACAUGUAAACUAUAAGAGGUUAACCUUCUUUUCUACAGAAAAAUGAGGGGACUCCUGAUUUUUUAACACUCCUCACUGACUUAGGGUAUUUUUGUUGCUUUUCCACGUGAAGAUGCCGUUUCCGCAGGCGUCACCCGAGCCGACGCGGGGCCAGGGAAGCCCUGCGCUUGGCCGCCCCCGCCCCGGGUCCCACGUGGCAGUGCCGUGAGCACGGGAGCAGAAUUUAUUUUAUUCUACUCAAGGCAAAACUGGAAAGAAAACUUUUCUGUUUUACUGUUUUUGUGUGUGUUUCAGAAUCAGAUCCUGUUGUCUGGAAGUGCUUCUGUGUCUGGUUGGGGCAGACGUUUCUGUGUGUGCGUGUGUGUGUCGUGUGUGUGCACACGCGCCCAGCGUGGGCCGUGUGUCUAUAGCCUCCAGGCUGCUGGCAGGGGGUCACUGUACGGCCAGCCCCAGGCCGCUGCAGCCCCGCCGUGGCCCCGGUCGGCGGGCGGGUCAGGCCUCUCUGAACCGUGUAGUGGGCGGCAGGCAAGGUCCGCAGCUCUUUCUGGAAGUGUGUAAGUUAUUUGGAAAACGAUGAGUCACAUAAUUUACUUAAUAUAUUGACUGUUCAGACACCCUUCCUGCCGUCCCCGCCUGGGAUUGGCCCCGUUUCUGUGAUCUCUUUCUCAUAAAGGCACUUUAAAACCUCGUGUUUCAGCCACUGUUUUGUUUUUUAACCUUCUGAUGUAAAUGAAAUUUAAAAGUCAGAAUUCUUUAUUGUAUGGAUGGAGUUUGAAAUAAAUAUCGGCAACUCUUGCA